UAUCAAGUACACGAAAAAUAUGGAAAGUGUCGCACACGAAGAUCCGGUACGGCCCAUGGUUUUGGAAUCCAUUGAGAAUCUGACUGUGACUGAUAAUAAUAAACUGGAUGAACCAAACACAUGCUACAAUGUUAAUGACUGGAUAAAUGCGAUAUUUGACGAGCAGUGGUUUCCAGGAAUAAUUGAAGUUAUUAAUGAUAACAAAAUGAUUAUAUCAUUUAUGGUCAGAAAAGAAAAUGGUUUUAAUUGGCCAAUGGUACCAGACAAACAGGUAUUAGAGCCUUCUGGAAUACUGUACAAAUUAAAGCUUCCUCCAGUACCAGUCUCUAACAGGUUAUUUCAAAUUCCAGAAGGUGAUCACGUUGACAAAAUUUUUCAUAGCAUAGUCGAUUGACC